AUGAGUCUCAGCCCGUUGAUAUUUCUCUGUCUCGGUCUUUACCUCCCAGUGUGGAAUGCGCUGAAGGUCACCCAGCCGUACCGUGUGGUCGGUUUUCGUGGUGAGGUAGAGCUGUUCUGCUCCUACCACCACACAGGGAGACAUGAACCGGAGGAGCUAAGGGUCACUCUGUACCAGGGGAUGUACAGGGAGGAGAAGCAGGAGGUGUGCACCUCCUUCUUCACCCACAACCAGACAUCCUUCCAGGUGGAGGGAGGGAGGGAGGUGCGUUGUCGGGGCCAGUUAGGGCCAGGCAGGGUGAACCUGACUAUUUCUGGUCUCCGCGGUAACGACACUGACCUGUACUACUGUGGCAUAGAGGUCAUGUACCCUCCGCCGUACCUCAGGACGUUUGGAAAUGGUACUCUCCUCUACAUACCAGAGGAACCAGGCUGCUCCUUGCCAGAGGCCCAGAGAAGAAGUGACAUGGGAGAAACAUCAGUCAGACUAGCUCUAGCAGGACUGGUCGCAGCCAGCAUACUAAUGGUCAUCUCUGUUAUCGCCUUUCUCCUUUACCAGGUUCUACAGAGGAAAAGAAGGUUUGGAGGAAUAACACCAAUGAUUUCACAGAAUGACGGAAGAUUUGGUUAUGGAAACUUCCAAUGAAGAAUGUUCAUCAAUUGUCUGCAUCACCUCCAAUUCCCCAUAUAUUAUUUUGCAAAUAUAUAUACAUACAUACACAUAUACAUACAUACAACAUGAUCAUUACACAGGUGCACCUUGUGCGGGGGACAAUAA